AUGACGGACACCACCAAAGGUGCACUGAAACGAAGCAACACGCUCUUCCUUAGCGACGCGGAACAAUUUGUUUUCGACUUUGGUGGGUCUGCGGGUGGCCGUGCCGUGAGCCCGGGCUCAUCGCAUGGAAGCGGAGGUCAACCCGGAGAAGGUGACGGGGAAAAGGGUAUUGAGGAGACCGAUUUGGCUAACGGGAGGACCGGAGUGGUGACACCUUUCAGCGAAAGGGAAAGGACUGCUCCAGUGGCACCGUUAGACGCUGAGGAGGUGCAACGCUAUUUUGAUAAGGCUCUCAAGGGUGGUCGCCGAAUAUUACUUGAAAACGUACCCCUCGAUGAGGCUAUCGAGAAGUUUCAGCUCGGGUUGCGGCGCUACGAGGAGUGGUUGUGCAACCAAGCCAACAGCAGGAAUCGAGGCGACUCGUCGAAGAGCCGUGGGGACCCCUUGAAUGAAGGUUAUCGUGGAAAACCGGGUGAUGUAGCAAGGGACGCAAAGGAUAGGAAACGCCCACGUUUGUAG